CACGCGUCACUCGGGCGGCCGCCGCCGCGCGCUUCGCCCGCACGAUGUCGGUGCGUGUAGAUCAUCGAGACCGUGACAGGUUUUCGAGACACUCUUCCCGCGCUUCUGUCGAUCUCGCUUUUCCGAGUGGCUCGACAAGGGAUCAUUCAUUUCGCUCGGUUCACUCGGCACGUGUACCGCGAGUUUCAAGCGAUGAUUUGAUGGUGCCAGUGCGCACGCUACGUUCUGCUUCAUGUCGCGUAGCUCCUGGGGCGCCUCACCGCCUGCGCCGCCACCAUUCUUCAGCGGCAGAGUGCGAGCGCGCGCGCCGCUCUCGUCGGCACACGCUCGAGCUACCCAAUAGCCGGGGUCCCAGCGUUCGCAGCCGAUCUCCUGAGCCUCCGCCGCCUCCACCGCCGGAGCCCGAGGUGCCACCCGAGGACGCCGGAAAAGAAGCUCGAAGACGACGCGUGGUCGCCGCCGUCGCCGCCUCCUUCUUCGCGCUAGCCCUGGCAUCAGUCCUCGUGGUGGUGGUGACACUUACCCACAGCUCUGUGCUUCGCGCGCACAACCAAACGGCCAAGUACUACACGUUCUCCGUGCCGCCGCACCAUCCUCUCAGUGAGCCCCGUUCAUGUUGCCCCACCGUCGCCCCUCCUGCUUCGCAUGCGACUGUCUCCGACCCUGAGUGCGUGGGGCUGCGAACGUCGCCGAGUCUUCACAUCUGUUACCCACCGCCACUACAAGCGUUCGCCAGGAGAACGAGCGCAUGAUGCACGACGUCCUGCAGGCGGAAGUCUUAAAUCGCACCCAGUCGUCGGGGGGAUUCCGCUGACGCCGCGGUACUCGCCGCGCCCGCGGCUCGACAACGUCCGACCCGCCGCGGCUCCUCCCGAGGAACCCUCCGACCCCGACCCCGGCCCAAUAGACACCAGCGUCGACCCUGGCCCCGCGCUGACUAGCACACGCGACGUGCUCACCGCCCAUCGACUCCCGGUGAGCCACACAGCGCCCGAUUUCACAUGAACGUCAUCUAUGGACUUUGGCCUCUACUAGUUGCAUCGGAUGCUAUUAUGUUCGCGCGUGACGUAAACGUGCAACACUUAAUGCCAAUGAACCAUCUCGGCGCAUUGAUAACUUAUAAUUGUGAGUUGCUGCGUAUAAUAAAUACUCAUAGAUAUAUAAUAACGAUUUUAUGUAAUGUAUAAUGAAAGUGACGAGAUGAAAACGUAGGUAGUUUAAUGUGAAAAAGUGAAGGAUAAGUAUUUAAAUUGAAAUGUUAUUUGUUAUAAUGUAUCAGAUAGUAAUCAAAAGACACAAUUGUCUCUAAUCCAAUGUAGUUUUACAAAAUAGUGAUAUAAAUGAAACAAAGGUACAUGUAAUGUUUGUCAAAUACGGAAGGAUAUUUAAAAAUAUUGAAAACUAAGAAAAAAAAACAUGAGUUAUCCCUGUCAACACUAUAAUCUUGUAGUUAUAUAUUAUUAAUCUAAUAAUGAAUGUUGUAAUUACUUAGUCUGAAAGGUAACGGGGGUUGCUAGCUGUUAGCAUUUGUUAUAGUAUUUAAUACAUGCAUAUUUAAUUAUGUGAAGCCUAUGGAUUAAUUAUAUCAUUAUCUGUCUAUGUUUGUGUCAUGAAGGUUUCAGUGAGCCAGAUAAAAAUCCAAAAUGGCUUUUUUUUAAUAAAAAUGAGCUACUCACAAAGUAUUUUUAAAUUUCUAAGAGUAGUUUCAUAAAUUGAUCUCUGAGUUUAUUUCGUGAGUUUAUUUCCAAUCAAAUAUUGUCAACAUUUCAACGUUACUUUAUUUAUUCCGUUAAUUUUUAACGCUUAAAGCACUCGAUACCCCUGUUUACAAUAAAAAGAGCUUUCGAAUCAGCGCUUAAGAAUCUGUUUAAAAAAAAAAAAGAGCUUCUUGUAUAGUAGUUGUUGUAGAUAUUAUGUCUUAUGCGCAACGGGAGUCAAGUAACAGAUACGCAAGGUCAACAUUGUUCGCCAACAUUGGCUUUUUCGUUCACUGGACUUCGUACUAUAAACAGUUUGGAACUUCUUAAAAAUACCUCGCCGAAAUUUAUUUUACUUCAAUAAAAA